GAGGGGGCCGGGCCGGCCCCGGGAGGAGGAGCCGCCGCCCUUUCCCCGCCCCCGGCGCCCGGCCCUGCCGCCCGCGCCGCUCCCGCCGCGCUGCGCAUCGCUCCGGCCGCAACGCCCGCACCAUGAAGGCGCUCCUGCUCGCCGUGCUGGCCGCGGUGCUGUGCGUGGACAGAGCCCACACACUUGUCUGCUUCUCCUGCUCGGAUGCCUCCUCCAACUGGGCCUGCCUGACACCUGUCAAGUGUGGGGAGAAUGAAAACCACUGCGUGACCACGUACGUCGGCGUGGGACUGGGUGGCAAAUCCGGCCAGUCCAUCUCCAAGGGCUGCUCUCCCAUCUGCCCCAGCGCCGGCAUCAACCUGGGCAUCGCGGCCGCCUCCGUCUACUGCUGCGACUCCUUCCUGUGCAACAUCAGCGGCGCCGGCAGCGCCCGCGCCAGCUCCUGCCUGCUGGCCCUGGCCAUCCUGCUCAGCCUCCUCUACGUGCUGCAGCCUGGCCAGUGAUGCCAGCCAGCCAGCACCUCCUCUCUCCUGCUGUCUGCAAGGAGAUGCUCUGUUUCUCAGCAGGUGAUUGUUUCCCAGACUUUUUUUUUGCUCUUCCAAGCGUCGGAGACCUGGGUGGUUUUGGCUGAGCUGUUCUUCUUCUCCUCCUCCUCCUCCUCCUCCUCCUCCUGUGGACGCCUCUCGCUCCUCCUUGGCCAAGGUGGAUGAUUUUUGGAAGGGUUUUUUCUGCUUUUUCUACCUGUUAAUAACAAACCCCCACUUCCCACCAGCUCCCCCCUCGUUUCUAAGGUUGGUUAAACCAGGCUGGGACUCUCUGAGAACAGAUGCACCCCAAGCACCACCAGGCAGUGGGAAUGCAGGAUCCAAAGGGAGACACAUUCCUGGCCCCUCGCAGCUGCAGUCUCUUUUUAUAAAAUAAUCUCGUUUCUUCUGAUCCUGGGCUGACUUUUCUGGAAAACCAAUGCCAUGUACCUUGUCCUUCCAAGUUCUGUAAGUGCCAGACCUGAAUAAACUUGCUCCUGUUGUUACCUGA